AUGAAUGAAUUGGGUGUUCAGGUCAAGGGGUUCCAUGUUCGAUCGGUUUUGUUGUUUCACUUUUUAUGGCAUCUCUCUUUACAGACAGAAUCCAAUGGAACAGUUUUGAGCACAAACUGGGACGAGGUUGGUAAAGGGAAAGUUGAGAUGAAGCCUCCGGACGGUAUGGAAUAUAAGGAAUAUCCCAAAUGA